AUGGUCGUCGCUUUAGUGGCGACACUUCUCGCCCUCGCAUGGCUUACUCACCGAGCAUCGAAACUCCUUGCGAUUCCGAUUCCCGUCUUAGUUAAGGGACUAGGACUAGAUAUACCGGCACCUCCGCGGGUUUCACUACACAACAUCUCAGCAGAUUCAAUCGAAUUGCAUUGGGCACCACCUGAAAAAGCAGGAUCUGUGGCAAAACACAUAAUACAAAUCAAUGGCCAGAAUGUUGGCGAGAACGAACGCAGGGAUACGAGCGUCGUCGUCACCGGCCUUAGCCCCGACCAAAUCUACAACGUCCGUGUCAUAGCCGCAAAUUCAUCGAAUUUUCAAGCACCCAGUCCCUUGAUACGGUUACGUACGCUACGGUCCAACGAUGAAAAUCCCAGGGAUGGAGUUGGUGCUGCUACAAGUGUCGGUUCCGCUGCCGGUGGAGUAGCGACAGGGUUGGGAGCGGUCGGUGGAAUGAAUGGCGCAAUUGGCAAUAAUCCGGCUCUUGGUCCAGACGAUAUUCCUACAAUCCACGCUACCGAUAAUUUGGCUCAGACCCCUCAAUCUAGACGGACGUUCCGGCGACAGCAUUCACCGAAUACGACAGAGGAGAACCUUCUGGCUACAAACGGGGCGGCAGGUCAUGGCACCUCCCCUAGCGAUCCAGCUACAACCGACGCUACCGUCGAAGCUCUAACAGCUGAAUUGGAGAAAAUUCAACGGGAGGCAGAGGAGUUGGAGUCUCAGUUCCUAUCUCAGGAGGACGAACAUAAGGCUGCCGAGGCUCUCCUGCUUACGGAAUUAGAGGGUGUCCGAGACAAGAAAAAGGAAGAGGAUAACAUCAGGUCUCAGUUAAGGACGGAGACCAGGACACUUGAAGAUGCGAAGCGUGCAGCAGAAGCCCAGAGAACCAAGGUUGAGAAAGUCCUGAAGGCACGCCAAGACGAGAUUACGAAAAUGCAGGAAGACUGUAUUCGGUGGGAUGAAGAGAGAGAGGCAGCAUUGGAGGCGCUUCACAGGCUCGAAAGUGAAGCAGAGGCAAGAAAACAGGAAGCGGAAGAUAUGGGGAAAAACAAAAAGAAGGAACUGGAGCCUAUUCUCACAGAGUUGGGUAGCCUAGAGGAAGAAAUAAGAACUCUUUCCUUAGCGAUUAAAACGAUCAAUGAUGAAGAGGAGAGGCUCAGAGAGAAAGAAACUGACGAGAAACCCAAAUCCAUUGACGGUGAUCCAACUGCGUCUGGCAUCCUGCCAGGCCUACCAGGCAUCCCGCAACUCUCACGGGGCCCUAGUUUCCCCGGUGAGCCCGAGGAUGCCCGAAUCGAGCGGGAAUGGCAGGCUCGGUUUAAGGCAUUGGAGUUGAGAUACAUGGAAAUCCUUAAACACUUCCAGGCUGCACAGGAUGAGUUUUUUCGCUCGGAGCAUCAACUGCGUGCUUGGCAUGCUCGCAGGGCUAGCCUUCCUGCCCCUCCAUCCGAUUCAACAAGCCUCAAAGGCAAGUCAAAACAACGGAGGAACCGUACUCGGAAGAAUCGCACUCAGACGGUCUCUUCUCCAUUAAAUGUCUAUCCUAUGGGGGACCUUCCAUAUAUGCCAGGUUCUAUCCCCUUUAAUCAACCUCCAACACCGUCGUCUACAACUGCUCCGACACGAACUUCUCCGCCUUUCCCUUCUUUGCUCCCAGCAGCCCCGUUAUUCGGAUAUGGAAAUGGUAUCGAUCCCAUGUUUACACCUGAGAUGGAUAAAAUCACGGGCGGCGCACCUAUGUCUCCGACUGCAGAUUCUCUCCUUCCCUCUAACCUUUUUAUGAGUAUGGACGAGGUCCCACCUAGUCCAAAAGGGAGCACAUAUCUUCUUGAUCCUCAAACUUUUCCAACGAGUGAUAAUAUUCAACCUAUGAUUCCGGCUGCCCAAUCGCCCGGAUCCUCGAAUUCAAUGUCUAAUUCUCAAGUCUCAUCGCCCCGGACUUCUUUCCCACAAUUCCCUGUAUAUACUACUGAGGAGUCCGAAAGGCUGAACCGAUCUAACAGCAUUUCAUCCGUUAAUAAUAGCCUCCGGGGCAUCCCUCCACCGAUGCCGGAGGAACCUGUUCCUCCCAAGAAAAUGUUUCCGAAUUUGUUUAACUUCACUCGACAGAGGGGAAAGACGUUAUCAAAUGAAACACCUGCACUCGGAAGUCUCAAGUCAUCCCAAUCAAGCUCUUUCCCAAAGCAAGAGGGCGCGGGCCUUGACCCAAUCGGCACCCGUCGUCGGAGUGGCUCUCAUGGAACUAGUUGGAUGACGACUUCUGGCCUUGGGUUUCUCUCGAAUAGUACGAAUAUCAAGCGCACUUUGAACAAUACGAAUGGUUCGCGUACUUCGUUCAAUCACUUUGACCCCGAGUCAGAUCCUUUGGACCCUUCACGACUUCUCUCAAAGGAACCACUCUCACCACGCCCCUCAUCCAUAUCUUCUUUUGGGGAGAGCACUCUUCCCAAGCCUACAGCCGACUUUAGCGCGUUCGGAUGGCCCGCCCGUGAUAACGCGGUAGUUGUGCGUGCAAGCCCUCUCGCUGCAAAUUGGGCCGAUAUCCCGAAUGUUAAUAAUACUUCGUCUCUCAUUCCAUCUCUCCCACCUUCUCCCCAGACCUCGCCCCCGCAUGCCCAUCCGAGCCGCCUUGCGAAGAUAUUCUCCUCAAACAAAGGAAAUACUAGCUCACCAGCCCCAAAUACUAGUGGUGCUAUCGGCCCACCUUCAUCCUCCAAUGUCAAGCUGAACCCUACGGCGCCGACUUUCGAUGCAUAUAACGCCGGCUCGAGCCCAUCCUCCCAUCUACAUGCUGAAACUCGAUCGCUUAAUACGGAAUCUUCAUUUGCAAGCUCUGCCAGUCUUGAUCAACUCGCUCUUACAACUUCUAUCACGUCCGUUGAUAAAGAGUCGGCGUCUAGCAGUGCUGGGAAGGAGUCAUUGCUUAGUCGUAUCGGCCUCAGCCGGAAGGGAAGCCAUACGAAGUUGGUUGCUGGAGGCAAUACUAGCAGUCCUAAGCUCGGAUCUCCUGCGAAGUUUACAAUCUCAUCACCUUUUAAGAAAGAGGGUGGAUUGUUUUCUCGGAAGAAAGGAGAUAGCGCCGUCACUCCUACCACUGAUGUGAUUGAUGAAGAGGUUGAUGGGCUGAGUAAUAUUGUCAUCCCGACUCUUGAUGGAUCAAGCCCUGCUGGGGCAGCGACUCCGGUCGAAGGAAAGGAAAAAGACAAAGAAGCAAAAGAAGGCAAGCCAGCAGGUGGAAGAAAAGGUCAUAGCUCCUCUGGUUCUAUUGGAAGCGCCACAGAGUUGUUCGGCUCGUGGAGACGAGAGAGCACAGAUGCGCUCUCGAGCCCCUUUAAGAAAGAGGGUGGAUUUUUCGGUGUGAUCGGAGGUAACAAGAAGAAGAGAGGGAACAUUCAAGUCGAUGCUAUGGCCAGCACCUCGGAAGCAGACGAGGACGAAGGGUUGGUUAUGGUUGAGGGCGGGGAAAUAUAUCCUAAAGACCACGAAUACCAGCAACAUCUUUCCCCGCAACAGCACCACCACGGACAUCACUACGGACUUCUCCAUAAGAAGGGCAAAGAAAGUAGUGAGAAGGACCGAGAAUUUCCUGGUGCGGCCACCGGGAGUGCUAAUUAG